AUGUCGUUGGCUUCGUGGAGACAGUUCCCGUUCUUCGAGGGGACGCCUAUCAAGGACCCGUAUUACGGCUCUCCGGAUAAUGCGUUGUAUUCUGAUCCAACGAUAAGUGCCACCUGCUCUACGGGGAGACAUAUUGCUAUAGCGGUGGAGCAGACGAGGGUCAAACUCAUUAACUCACAGUUUGAAAAGGAGUACGAGUUUCAGUGUUAUGACAUAGGCUGGGCAAUAACAAAAUUAGCUUUCUUCCACGGCAACCCUGGCAAAAGCUCCAACAGAGGAUCCACUGCUGUUGCUAGUAACGGCUUUCUGGUGACAAUUGCCGAAAGGCAAGGACUCCCUCUGUCACUAAAACUAUGGAGCUUGGAUAAGUUAUUGAACCCACAUUACAACAUGAAAAAAUUUGACUACAACUCAAGCUAUCACACUAUUUGCACGAUAACCAACGGAUCGAACAACUACCCUAUGACCUGUUUUACCUAUUCUCUUGAUUACACUGCACUCACUUUUGGGUUCUCCAAUGGUACUGUGAUAUUGGUAAGAGGUGACCUUUUACAUGACAGAGGAUCGAGACAAAGAGUCAUUUACGAGAAUAAAGAACCUAUCACGUCAAUCAGUUUUAGAGAUGAAAUGACACUAUACAUUUGUACCGUCUCUAAAAUCUUCACACUUUCUACAACAGGGAAGAACAAUGGACACUGGGAUAAAAUCUUGGAUGAUAAAGAAGGAGCAGAUAUCGAUUGCAGCAGCACUUACACUGAAAGUAAUAACAGUAAAGGAAGAGCAUUGCUGGUUGCGAGAGAUAAUUGCUUCCAGUUUUACCACCUGAAGGGUAAAUCACAUUCCAUUCAAAUGAACAUACCGAAAAGAAGGUUAUACGUUUACAAGAACAGAUAUGCGCUUUUUCUUUCCUUUGUAAACUCAAAUUUGACUGAAUCAUCAAUAAUAUCCAGUAACAAACUCAUAGUUUUGGACAUGAAAAAUAAUUACAUAGUCUACAACCAAUCAAUUUCAAGCUCCAUUUUUGAAGUUUUCGAAUGUUGGAAUGAUCUUUAUAUGCUACUUUCGGAUGGAUCAUUGCUGAGGUUGCAUGAAAAGCCGAUAAAAGAAAACGUUAAUAUUCUCGUGAAAAGUGAUUUGUUUCAGAUAGCUAUCAAGUUGACAAAUGAGAGUUCAGAAGAAUUUUCACAAGAGGAAAUAAUGAAAUUGAAAAAGCGCUACGGGCUAUUUCUUUACGAUAAGGGUGAAUUUGCUGACUCCAUAGACCAGUUUAUUGAGUGUAUCCCAUUAGGUAAAACUAGUGAGGUGAUUUCAAAAUUCAAAGAGAGCUCAAAAAUUCAUCAUUUGAUAAAAUACCUCCAAAAAAUGGUAGAUUUGGAAAUAUCAACUCCAAAUCACAUAAACCUUUUGUUGACUUCGUUUUGCAAACUCAAAAAGAAUGAUGAGUUUGUAAAUUUCAUAAACGGUAUCAAAAUAGAUGACGAUUUUGAUAUAGUAGAAAAAUAUAAAGCUUUUGAUCUUAACCUGAUAAUUCAGUUAUGCAAAGAAAAUGAGUACUACGACUUGGCGUUGUUGAUAGCCGAAAAAUUCAAUCUGUCCCAAGUUGUAGUAUCAAUCCAAUUGAACGAUCUGCAUGACACUGUGUCCACAAUCACAUAUAUCACGUCCCUAAGCAUAGACGACUUAUUAAGAGUUGUGAUUGAUAACGUGAACGUAUUACUCAAUAACCUACCUAAUGAAACUACACAGUUAUUGAUUGAUGUUUUUACAGGAAACUACACACCUAAAUCAAGGGAUUUAGUAGUGAAAAAUGAAAUCAAUGAAAGUAAAAGUAUGACGACGUAUCCUUUGAUAACGUCGUACAAACAGUUUGUUUCCUUUAUGAGACUAAAAGAAGUUUCUCCAAUUAAACCGACCUAUCAACCACCAAAGCCACGGAUAAUUUUCUCAAGUUUUGUGAACCACAACUACGAAUUUGUCAUUUUUCUAGAGGCUUGCAUAGAAAGCUAUGAUGCCUUUGGUGGUAAUGUACAAGACAAAAAGGAUCUCAUGAAUACUCUUUACGAAAUGUAUUUGACUCUAGCAAAUGAAGAUGUAGAUAACAAGAUUGAUUGGGAAUUAAAAGCAAAGGCAUUACUUGACGGGAGAACUGAAUGGUCCGAAGAAGACAAAGUCUCAUUAUUGCUCAUCUCUAACAUGUAUGAUUAUAAUGAGGGUGAAAUGAUUAUUAGAGAAUCAACAGAUAACGUUGGCUCCAUUGAAGGCUUUGAACUUGACAUUUUUCGGUCUGCUGUGUUUUCAGGGAAUUUGGAAAAAUCAUUGGAAAUUGUCAACAAAUAUGGUGCGAAGGAACAUGAGUUAUUCAGACUUGCACUUACUACAUAUACCUCGAAUAAACAACUCAUGGAUACCAUUGGUGAGGAAAAUUUGAAGAAACUACUUACUACAAUUGACAAUCUGAAACUUUUCACUCCGCUUGAGGUAUUAGAUUGUUUAACAAGAGGAAAUGCUAACGUAAAACUAGGAUUGGUUAAAGAUUAUUUACUAAAAAAUAUAGAGAGACAAAAAUCGGGAAUAGAAAAAAAUGAAGCCCUGGUUGACGCAUAUGAACUCAAAUUAAAUGACCUUACUAGUCAGAUAAAAGAUUUACUUCAUAACCCAAAGCUCAUUAAUACAACACGAUGCUCAGUGUGCUCGGGUCAGCUUGAUUUCCCUAUCAUUUAUUUCAAGUGUGGACAUCAGAUUCAUGAAAGCUGCCUUAUUGAGAAUACCCAAAUAUCUUCGAUAAUCAAUGAGAACUCUAAUGAUGAUGAAAAUGUUUCGUGCCCCAUUUGUUCUGCUGACCAGGAUGCUUUGUUAAUGUUGAAAAAACAACAGGAAGAUAUGAGUUUGCGCCAAGAUUUAUUCGAAGCAUCAUUGCAGGGUAGCAGUGACAGAUUUAAAUCUAUGUUUGGCUUUUUAGGGAGAGGUGGAAUGGAAACUUCCCAAAUUGUCACCGACGGAAAAGCAACGUAA